GUGCCCGCCGGCGGCGGCAGCGGCGCGCGCGCGAGCGUGAGGGCGCCGCCGCCGGAGCUGCUGCUGCGUCCGCCAAGAUGGCGUGCGUGCUGGAGGCGCCGCUCCGCAUGAGCGUCCUCUCGGAGGUAACAGCCAGUAGCCGCCACUACGUUGAUAGAUUAUUUGACCUCGAUCCUCAGAAAGUCCUGCAAGGUGUCAUAGAUAUGAAAAAUGCUGUAAUUGGAAACAACAAACAAAAAGCCAACUUGAUUGUUUUGGGAGCAGUUCCAAGGUUGCUGUAUUUACUUCAGCAAGAAACCUCCAGCACAGAGCUGAGAACAGAAUGUGCAGUGGUCCUCGGAAGCCUGGCAAUGGGUACAGAGAAUAACGUCAAAUCCCUACUAGACUGCCAUAUUAUCACAGCCUUAUUGCAAGGAUUACUGUCUCCAGAUCUGAAGUUUAUUGAAGCCUGCCUGCGAUGUCUCCGCACCAUUUUCAUCAGUCCUGUCACUCCAGAGGAUCUACUAUACACAGAUGCUACAGUUAUCUCCCACCUCAUGGCACUGCUCAGUAGGUCUCGAUAUACACAAGAAUACAUAUGUCAGAUCUUCUCACACUGCUGCAAAGGUCCAGAUCACCAGACAAUCUUAUUUAACCAUGGAGCUGUUCAGAAUAUCGCACAUCUGUUAGUCUCCACCUCCUACAAAGUUCAAAUGCAGGCAUUGAAAUGCUUCUCAGUUCUAGCCUUUGAAAACCCACAGGUAUCAAUGACUCUUGUAAAUGUGUCAGUUGAUGGAGAAUUGUUACCACAGAUUUUUGUGAAGAUGUUACAGAGGGACAAGCCUAUUGAAAUGCAGCUCACAUCAGCCAAAUGCCUUACCUCCAUGUGCAGAGCUGGAGCAAUACGGACAGAUGAUUCUUGCAUUGUCCUUAAGACUCUACCGUGUUUGGUUCGAAUGUGUAGUAAGGAAAGACUGCUGGAGGAGAGAGUAGAAGGAGCAGAAACACUGGCCUAUUUGAUUGAAACCGAUGUGGAGCUCCAGAGAACUGCCAGCAUUACUGACCACCUCAUUGUUAUGCUUGCUGACUACUUCAAGUAUCCCAGCUCAGUGAGUGCAAUCACCGAUAUCAAGAGGCUUGACCAUGAUUUGAAGCACGCCCAUGAGCUGCGCCAGGCUGCAUUCAAGCUCUAUGCUUCCCUGGGAGCUAAUGAUGAAGAUAUCCGAAAAAAGAUCAUUGAGACAGAAAACAUGAUGGACCGUAUUGUUAAUGGCUUGUCUGAAUCUAGUAUCAAGGUGCGGUUGGCUGCAGUCAGAUGUUUGCACAGUUUGUCCCGUUCUGUACAGCAGCUCAGGACAAGUUUUCAAGAUCAUGCUGUAUGGAAACCUUUAAUGAAGGUUUUACAGAAUGCUCCAAAUGAAAUACUUGUAGUAGCAUCUUCCACUCUAUGCAAUCUUCUUCUGGAAUUCUCUCCAAGCAAGGAGCCAAUUUUAGAAUCAGGAGCCAUAGAACUUCUAUGUAGUUUAACACAGAGUGAGAAUCUUGCCUUGCGAGUGAAUGGCAUUUGGGCUUUAAUGAAUAUGGCAUUUCAAGCAGAACAGAAGAUCAAAUCAGACAUCUUACGAGGUCUGAGUACAGAGCAGUUAUUCCAGUUGCUUUCUGAUUCCGAUGUAAAUGUUCUGAUGAAAACCUUGGGACUGCUCAGGAAUCUUCUAUCUACUCGCCCACACAUAGACCAUAUAAUGAGCACUCAUGGGAAGCAAAUCAUGCAAGCAGUGACCCUCAUUCUGGAAGGGGAGCACAAUAUAGAAGUCAAAGAGCAGACUUUAUGUAUACUUGCCAAUAUAGCAGAUGGAACGACAGCAAAAGAACUGAUUAUGACCAAUGAUGACAUCCUGCAGAAAAUCAAAUACUACAUGAGUCAUUCAAAUGCUAAACUUCAGCUCGCUGCCAUGUUCUGUAUAUCUAAUCUCAUAUGGAAUGAAGAAGAAGGUUCACAAGAACGCCAGGAUAAACUACGAGACAUGGGAAUAGUAGAUAUUCUACAUAAAUUGAGUCAGUCAUCAGAUCCAAAUCUAUGUGACAAGGCGAAGACAGCACUCCAGCAGUAUCUUGCAUGAUCAAAGACUAAUUGAAUCUAUGGACACGCCUCAUGUCUACUUAAGGAAUUUCAGGAGAUGCUCCUGACUCCUUAUAUUUGCACAAGUCACCUUGGGCUGCAUUUUUCUCAGGUGCAGGGAGCUGCUUUGCAGAAACAGUUUAAAUGAUCAGGUCUCCAGUGCACUUGAGAACUUUCUUGAGGUAGUUUCUUUACUCAGAGGACUCCUGGGGGGGUUGUUUUGUUUGUUGUUCUUUUUUCCUGAGCUACCUGGACUUUGGUAUAGAACAAUCAGUCAUCAUUUUCCUUUUGGGCCUACAAUUUUCUGCUUUUGCUGCAGCCUGUGUGUGUGGGUGCGUGUGAGGGUGCUCAAGGGUGUGAGUGUGCUUGGGUGACUGUGUGUGGGUGUGAUACCUCAGUUUUGUUUCUCCUUUUUUUUUGUGUGUGUGUGUGAAAAUCUUUUUCUACAGGUUUUCAAGGAUUAACCAUUGUUUGCUGUACGAAUACUGAAAUGAAUUAUAUACACUUUGAAUGAAAUGUUAUUUAAAAAAAAACCCAACAAACUGUUGUAUCCCAUAAAGUUUAUUUUGAAUUUUGAACAGAUGAAUGUUUUUAAGUAAAAUAUAUGCAUUUCUGAACUUCAGCUUAACUUACAUUAUACUUCCUUUUUAAAGAGAAAAAUAAGAGGGAGUCAGUAGACCGCAAACUCUAAGCAGCGCAUUCUGUAAUGACGAGGUCCAAAAGUUUGCCACCAUAGAAGGUCACCUGGUACUCAUGACAAGCUGAAAUCCAUGGAAUGGAUCAACUGGAUUCUUUUGGGUUUCUUUAUAUUUUAAGAAGAAAAGCUCAUAACUUCAGAGUUGGCAUGACUGACGACGUCCUGGAGAGGAACAGGUGACUGCAGUAUCAGCAGGCAGAAGCUAUUGCUUUAGUAGCCAAGAACUUGCUCAGAUAAUUGCUGAAGGAUUAGCUUCCUUCACUGGUGAUAAGUAUUUGCUGAUCACUAAAUCAAUAAAGCAAACAUUAUGUUGCAGAUGUUAUACUUGGAAGCGAUCAGAAGCGAUCAGUGGUUAGGGGAUUGCAUUUGUUUUGCAUCCUUUGCCUCCAGAUACAGUCAAGUGACUUAAAAGUUAUUUCCAGGAAAGAUCAGCUGGGUGCAUUAAGGUGAGGAAGGGAUGGAAAAGUUGCAGUUUUGGUUUUGUUUUAGCUCAGUGAUGUUGUUGAUGGAGUUUUAGUGAGUCUGGAAGCCUGGAUCGUCCAUAAGUUGCUGAAACUGUGCCUGUAAGUGUGGAGAAAAAAAGACAAUAGGAGUACAAAUGAAGAUGACUGCAUAAAAGGUUAGGCUGGAAUUUGAGACCUCAGUGGCUUCAGCCAAAUACAGAUAGAAACAAAUGAGGGCAGCAAGGAGCUCUCCUUCAUGCAGUUCAGGGUUCUUGCCUUCUUCCUGGGUCCACUUUCUGAUUUCAGUUGAGACCUUAGCUCUACCAGUCAGAAUCUCCAAAUGUAUUUGCAUAGCACUAACAGGCACACUCAAGAUUGCAGCCGAUGUCUUAAACCAAAUCUUUGUUACGUGGAACUUCAGGAAGGCUGCAGCAGGAAGAGAGGUCUGUAACUUUGCUAACCAAUUCUGAUAAGUAUAUCUUGGUGUUUUAUUUCUAAUCAGAAGGUCAAAUUGUGAUAUAGCCUUACUUUUUUCCAAGGUAACUACUUGUGUCAGAAAAUGUGACCACAGUUUGGCCUGGAAUUUGAAUGUGCUAUGUAUCACACAGCUGUUAUCACUUGGUUGCAAAGGAGAAUAUAUACAUUUCAUGUAACUUCUUCCACUUUUGAAAAACAAAUAAAAGUGAGCACCUGACACUUUUUUUUCCCCAGGCAUUGCAGUAAGUGACUGGCAGUUUUUUCAUGUCCUUCUGCAAAUUUUUCAUGGGGGGCUGAACAAAAGGGAAAGUAAAAAUAUGUGAGAACUUGAUAAGGAUCAGUACCUCAGAAAUGAAGUCUUAUUUAUACAAUUCAAUCAAAUGUAUUUUUACUCAAACUGAGAAGGAAGUUCUGAGGCAGGUAUUGUAAAUGCAGAACUGUACAGUGUGUGUCUUCUAAAUUUGCACUCCUGCUACGUGUGAUUAGGAGUUCAAGUUCUUACACAUCUCUUCUCGCCCUCCCUCAGUUCACAUUUCUAAAAGCAAAUCCAAAUUUGAUUCUCUACAACUCUGGUGCCUAAAAGUGUGCAGGAAAAGAAGGUGAGUAAGUAUCUGUGCACAUGUCUUGAGGUGGUUUCCUAAAAAUUCUGCCAGAAAAACUAAAAGAAAAAAAAAAGAUGCUUAGACAAUCUCGUUGCUGCAUGAGAACAGUUGACAUUUUCCACAGGUAUUGAUAGGACAAACUGUUGGAUGAGAACAUUUUUACAUUGAGUUAAGCUUUGUGAAUAAUUUUUGAUGUUGCUAUAGGUAUGUACAAAAAGAAGAAUACUGUAAAUAAAAAGAACUUUACCAGAA